GAGGAUUUGUUUUUGUUCAUAUAUUCAUUUGCCCUUUCACCACCCCCAAGAACCACACUUUCAGUGCUCAUUUAUUUAAACUACAAUUGCAAAGGUACAAAAACCUCAGCAGUAUUCUAUGGCUGCUGUCAUGUGGGUCAGAUUUUAGUCCCAAUAUCUCCCCACACAUCCCUAUGCAUAAUCCACCCUGUCCGAUCAGAUCAUACAACCUGUUUCAUUUCAUCAAAAUUUGCCCACAACCUUAAUUAGUAGAAUCCUUUGUUCAAGAUGUGGAGCAACCUUCCCUUUGAUCUCCUAGCCAACAUCUUCUCCUACCUCUCCCCGGAUUCUUUGGCCAGGGCCAAGUCCGCCUGCCGGAGCUGGCACGCGGCCGCCGCAUUGGCCGUGCCUCACCGCAAUCCACCAUGGUUCUUAGUAUUACCGACCCGUGGUUGGGGCCCUUCUUGCUACGCCCACAAUCCAGUAGGAGAGAAUUGGCAUGUUUUGCCUCUUGAUCAUAGCGUCAGCGCUCUUAGGCCAAUUGCUUCGAUUUUUGGCCUAGUGCUGUUGAGGGUCACCAGCAAGACUUGGCUUGAACUUGCAAUAAGCAACCCUUUUACUAGACAAUUCAGGACCCUCCCCAGGUUAAAUGUAGCAAGAACUAAUCCAGCUGUGGGAUUGAUACAACAUAGUCCAACACAAAGCUGUGGGAAUUUAGGUUUCAAGAUUUACGUGGCUGGUGGGAUGUCAGAGGCAGCUGGUGGUGGUGCAGUCUACCAGCCAACCAUAGAGAUGUAUGACUCGUUACGCAACACGUGGCACAUCGUCAACGAACCAAUGCCAGUUGAGUUUGCAGUGAGGCUAACUGUGUGGACUCCCAAUGAGAGCGUCUACUCUAAAGGGAUACUGUAUUGGAUGACGUCUGCACGGGCUUAUAGUUUGAUGGGAUUUGAAAUCAUGACGAAUAAAUGGAGAGAACUGAGCGUGCCAAUGGCCGAUAGGCUUGAGUUUGCGGCAUUGGUGUUGAGAAACGGGAACCUGACGAUUGUUGGAGGUACGUGCGACGGGCAUGUGUGCGUAUGGGAACUUGAGGGGGAUGAUUGGAGUGUGGUUGGGAAGGUGCCAUUUGAAUUGGGAUUGAAAUUCUUGGGGGGUAAGGUGAAUUGGGGUGGUGUAAAAUGUGUUGGGAGCAAUGGAGCAGUCUGGUUGUAUAGGGAAAUUGGAUCAGGGAUGAUACUAUGGAGGGAGGUCAUUGGUGGGGGAAAAUGGGAGUGGAAUUGGAUCAAAGGGUGUUGUUCAAUUAGAGGAAAGGAGAUCAAGAAUUUCCCAAUCAAAGGGGUGUUGCUACAUCCAAAUCUUGCUCAUGCUGCCUUCUAGUCGUCAUGUUUGGACAACUAGCAGUCACCGGACACAGUCCUCGGCCGUACAAGACUGUCGUGUAUGCUCUAUGUAAGAAUAAGUGCUUGUCAUGUAUUUUAUGGUUCGUUUUCGCGUUUUUGCAAGAAUGGAUGAUUUCUUGGACUCAGGUCUGCUAUUAUCAAGAAUAUUGUAAGAAUCAUGAAGCGUAGGUGAAUGAGAGAGUUUCUUAUUAUUAGUUGAUCAACAGGGCUUAUUGGAAUUGUUUAUAAACAAAGACUGAA